GGUAGACUUCAUAUAUAGACACCCUCGCAAACGUUCAGAAUUUGAGGCAGAAGGCUUUCUGGAAAUCUCUUGUGACUUUGUGCUACUUUCUCCGAGCCACUGGAAAGUUGGAAAUGGCCCACGUGCGCUGAAACAUCGUUGAGAAGAAUCGAAACAAUUGACUUGAGUUUGGUAGCACACAGUGCCAUUGUGGCUGCGAUGGAUACUAGCCACAGCUGUUCAGAAGCUUGGCCAUUCAGGCUUCAGCAAAAGGCAAAAGUGUCACAAGUCUCCUUCCGUGAGCCCAAGUCGACUGACGCUAAUUAUGUCGAUUACUUCUUCCAAUCCCCAUAUACUGCAUGCUUAGGAUCUUACCUCGGACGUCUGCAGUGGGCACACGUUUUCACCAUAGCACCGUCGAACUUUCCCGCGAAUCCCUCCUCUUUCCGCGACACAUUUCCUGCGCACCAAGCUUCCCACCACAACCACCAAACCCCCACGAGCUUGAAGGAUAGAGGGGGGAGUUCAGCUGCUGCCAUUCCUGAGGAGGCCUACGAACUCGUCGACUACAGCAACAUCAAACAGUGUGCUGAGAAAGACGCCAGAGAGAUCCGAAGACGAGAGAAACGCGACGAAAAGAGGCGCCGGCUUGACGAACGCGACGAAAUGAAGUUCUCGCACAGCAUCCAAUUCAAUGCUGUUCCGGACUGGAGCAGCCACUACAUCGCUUACAGCAACCUUAAAAAGCUUAUCUACACGUUGGAGAAGACAGUACACCAGCCAGGCACCUCAGAUGUCGAGACGCGACCACUGCUUCGAGGCGAAGACCCCGACGCCAUCUUCAGCCGUGCCCUCGACGUCGAGCUCGAGAAGAUCACCUCCUUCUACCAGAUCAAGGAGAAGGAACUGCUAGACGAGGUGGAAGGCCUGCUUCGUGACGUGGGAUCGUUUGACGAGCGCGGAGACAACGGUUUCGACGCCCAGCCAAGGUCCAAUAUCCAGCCCACCUCUGAUAACCUGAGACGGAUUACCAGCAGCCGGAGUGCCACUAGCGCCCGAUCGACCGAAGACGGCAUCGAGGACAGCGACAGUGGCGAUGACGACGAGACAGCCGCCCUGACGAAGAAGCGCCGGCCAAGUCUCCUCGGCCCUGGAAGGCGGAAGACAACUGGUAACGCCUUGCUGGGCUCCUCCGACAUGGCUGCUUCGACCGAGUUCACCAAAUCCCUACGAAGAGGCAGCACCGUGGGCUACGAAGACUUUGCCGACAUUGGCCAGAUGUUUUCGUCCGGAAUCAUGAUCAAGAAGCGUAUCAUCAGCCUCUAUGUGCAGCUUUGCGAGCUCAAGUCGUAUGUGCAAUUGAACAAGACUGGCUUCCGAAAGGUCCUGAAGAAGUUCGACAAAAUCAUCGACAGGGAACUACGAACCAAAUACAUGUCCGCCGCUGUUGAACCGGCGUAUCCCUUCCGCCCUGACACCAUGGACAGCAUCGAGGACCACAUCUCCAAGAUGGAACUAGCGUAUGCUGAGAUUGUCACCCAGGGUGAUCAGGAAAUGGCCAAGAAAGACUUACGAUCGCAUCUGCGAGAACACGUUGUUUGGGAAAGGAACACGGUUUGGCGAGACUUGAUUGGUCUCGAGCGGCGUGCCGAAGCCGCAAGCCUCGCAAGGGGUUUGCUAGGGACAACGAAUGACGGCAUGAAGACGAGGUUGCAAGGUAACGAUAUUCCUCCACCUCCCAUGAAGGAGUUCUUCACGCCCAUUGGACGCUUUACCUGUCCAACCUGGGUGCUGGGCAAGCCAAUGGUCACGUUACUUGUCAUCGUCGUCAUCUUCGUCGUUCUGCUGAUUGUCCCUGUUAUGGAAGCCCCUGAACAGCAAAAUUGCCUAGCCGAACUUGUCUUUGUCAGUUUGCUCUGGGCGACAGAGGCAAUUCCCCUUUUCGUGACUUCACUUCUGAUCCCAUUCCUCUCGGUCCUCCUCAAUGUUGUGCGAUCCGAUUCCCCACCUCAUGAGCGACUGGGUUCAAAAGCGGCCACGGCUUACGUCUUUGCUUCCAUGUGGACACCCGUCAUCAUGCUGCUGCUCGGCGGGUUCACCAUUGCCGCUGCUCUGUCCAAAUCCAGCAUCGACAAGCGCGUUGCCACGUUUGUCCUUAGCAAGGCAGGAACCCGCCCGCGAACAGUCUUGAUUGCCAACAUGCUUGUGGCGGCGUUUGCCAGUAUGCUCGUUAGCAAUGUGGCCGCGCCAGUACUGUGCUUUUCCAUCAUCGAGCCAAUGUUGCGGAACCUUCCCUCUGACUCCAACAUGUCCAAGGCCGUCAUAAUGGGCAUUGCCCUGGCCUCUAACAUCGGUGGAAUGCUGUCGCCUAUCGCCUCGCCCCAGAAUGUCGUCGCCGUGGGCAUCAUGGAGCCGGCACCGACUUGGCUUCAGUGGUUCUUUAUCGUGAUCCCGGUCGGCCUCGUGUCCAUCGUGCUGAUUUGGCUCUUGCUACUCACCACUUUCCAACCCGGUAAGGGGACCACCAUUGUCCCCAUCCGCGCCGUCAAAGAGCCCUUCACAGCGGGGCAAUGGUUCGUCUCGAUUAUCUGUCUUACCACUAUUGGUCUUUGGUGCGCGUCCCACCAGCUGGAGUCCACUUUUGGCGACAUGGGUGUCAUUGCCAUCCUUCCCAUGGUCAUCUUUUUCGGCACCGGCAUCUUGACUAAGGAGGAUUUCAAUAACUUUCCAUGGACCAUUAUUAUCCUUGCUGCCGGCGGACUGUCGCUUGGCAAAUCGGUCAAUUCAUCGGGCCUCCUGCACACCGUUGCCGAGGGCAUCUCCAGAGAGGUCAACGGAAUGGACUUGUACAGCGUGCUGCUGAUCUUCAGUUCCUUGACACUGAUGAUUGCAACCUUUAUAAGCCACACGGUCGCGGCGCUCAUCAUCCUGCCACUAGUGAGCGACAUUGGCAAGUCGAUGGAAGAGCCGCACCCGAACCUGUUGAUCAUGGGUGCGACGUUGAUGUGUUCAGCUGCGAUGGCCUUGCCGACUUCUGGCUUCCCGAACAUGACCGCCAUUAUGAAGGAAGAUGCCACGGGCCAGCGCUAUCUCCAAGUGAAGCAUUUCAUCAGUCGAGGUGUACCCAGUAGUUUGAUCACGCUGGCGGUUGUGGUCACUCUGGGCUAUGGCGCCAUGCGGAUUAUUGGCUUAUAGAUGAGUAUAUACAACAAGGAAAUUUAUGUACACUCGAGCCCAGUUUAUAGAUUUGUUUUCAUGAUAUUGAUUGGGUGGCUGUCUAGAUUUGAGUCAUAUAGGUUGGAAUAGCGGUUACGGCUGCGUUUUGUUGAGGCUGCGUUCCAUAGCCAUCUAGAAUGAGAUAGUAACAGGGAAGCAGUCCUCCGCAUGUGGCGUUAGUAGUUUCUAUAUCACAUGCCAUGUCACCG